CGUUGCGGGAACAGACUGCCCGUCGGCCUCGCCUGUCGGGUGUGUGCGUUUGUGGCUGUGUGUGCGCGAGUUUCAAGCCUGUCUUGCAGCUCUGCUCGGACUUGCAUCGGUGGCGUAUCGCAGUUUCCACUUGGCAGCGCAAGGAACUCUCCGUCGUUUCGAUGCACUGGAGGGCGAGUGAUCGACAACCGUCUUAGUCGUGCAUAAGUGUGUGACAGUGAAUGUGCGACCGGUGACGCGUUGUCUUUCGCGACAGGGAGUGCGCGUUGUUGCCUAGACCAGUCAAUUCGCCAGUGGGCGCGGAACGUGCACAACAGGUCGCCACCAUCUAUCUACAGGCGCCUGCUCCGCUCGCAGAAGCCGGGCGCGCUUCUUCGUUCAAUAUGAAUGCGAACAUCUGAGAGCUCGGCAGACCUUGCGGGACGCAGAAAUGACCAGGAUUUGAACGGCGGGCGAAGUCUCCUGUAUCUGUGAAUUCGGUGAAUCAAGGAUAAACAACGGCUGCGUGAUCCGUAGAUGUCCCUUGCAUACAAGAGGCGGCCAUGAGGAGACGGCUGUGCGCGGGACUGCAGCUGCUCCUGCACCUCUGCGUGGAGGCGUCGUGGGCCAGGAGGGGAGGAGGCGCAGACCCUCCACGGUACCGGACAGCGUACGCGUGCGAGGGCUCCCAACUGCGCAUCUCGUGUGAUGCGGGCCACCUGGUGCAGCUGAUCCGCGCCAACUACGGCCGCUUCUCCAUCUCCAUCUGCAAUGAGCAUGGCACGCUUGACUGGAGCGUCGACUGCAUGUCCCCCCGCUCCUUCCGGGUAAUGCAGCAGAGUUGCGACGUCAAGAAAGGCUGUACGCUACCAGCAUCGACAGAUGUGUUUGGCGACCCUUGUCCAGGCACCCUCAAGUACCUGGAAGCCCAUUACCAGUGCAUUCCUGCCGAACUAACAACGCCCAGCAGUGCCAUGCGGCCAACGCCAUCCAGUUCAAGUCACCCACGAGCUGGAGACCUGCUGCCGCCGAUGCUGGGUGGAGCCUCUGAGCAGCAAGCAGACAAUGCAUUACCAAGGACGCCCCCACCGCUGCCAGCCAUCUACCAGAGCCCAGAUAAGCAAGGACCAGGCUCCAGUAGCACCACCACGGCUGUUCUCGCAGAAAGUGCUGCCAUGGAAACGGCCACAUUCGAAACAUCCACAGCCUUGGAUCUGCUCUUGGACUAUUGCCAGCCACUCAUAGCGAGAGACAUAUUCUGGAACUGGACUCGUGCUGGCGAUGUGGCAGUCUAUCCUUGUCCUGGAGGCUCCAAAGGUGAUGCAAGGUGGCAGUGUGGUGUGAAUCCUGUAAAAUGGUUGUCUGAUAGGCCAGACCUUAGUGGCUGCAAUUCUUUCUGGGUUGGUGACCUGGAACAGAGGAUUCAGGGCGGCACUUCUGUGGUAAAUCUUGGCAGCGAGCUCUCACAGAAAACACGUGUCAAGUCGCUGUAUGGUGGAGACUUGCUGCACACGACCAGCAUAGUGCAGCAGCUCCUUUCAAAGAUGGAGGAUGAGCUGGACCACGCAUCAGACAGUUACCAGCGGCAGCAAGUUGUGGAAGAGCUCAUGAAUUCGGUGGUGGACUUCAGCAGCAACCUUCUGGAGCACCACCAAGGCAGUGCCUGGGGGGACUUGCCACCCAUGGAGCAGAGGGCUGCAGCAUCUUCACUUCUCGAGGGGCUCGAGCGCAAUGCCAUGCUCAUGGUGAAGAGCCACAGCAACAACCUGAACUACAGCCGCGUUCAGAACAAUAUCAUGGCAGCAGUCAGAGUCCUGAGCAUUCAGAGUGUCACAGACAUGUCUUUUCCUGACCCUUCUGUCAUUCGGGGAACAUCUUGGUCAGAUUCAGGAGAUUCCAUUUAUCUCCCCUACAAGACACUCCUGGAAAGCGCCAGAAAUGGUGUGGUGAAGGUGGCCUUCUUCUCCUACCGCAAAAUGGAAUCCAUUCUGUCAGCUUCCAAUCCGAGCAUGGCAGCUGCUGACACCGUCUCAAACAGCACUGUACGCAUGGUCAACUCUCGGGUGGUGGCAGCUGCCUUAGGAAGGCGCAGAGUCCUCGGUCUUUCCCAACCAGUUCUGGUUACACUCAAGCACAGCCAGGAGGAAAAUGUUAGCGAUCCGCAGUGUGUGUUCUGGGACUUCAGCAAAAGGGAUUGGUCUGAGCGUGGCUGCUGGGUUGAAUCUUCCAAUGAGACCCACACUGUGUGUGCAUGUGACCACCUCACAAACUUCGCUGUCCUCAUGGAUGUCAGAUCUGUUCAGCUCACGCAUUCAAAUGAAGUGGCUCUUCAAGUGAUCACCUAUGCUGGCUGUUUCGUAUCCAUUGUCUGCCUCAUCCUCACCAUAAUCACCUUCCAGUUCUUCAGGAGCCUGGAGAGCGAGCGAAUGGUGAUCCACAAGAAUCUGUGUGUGUGCCUGCUGGUGGCUGAGGUGGUGUUCGUGGCUGGCAUCUCCCAGACAGCACAGCGCACUUUGUGUGGCGUUGUCGCAGGCCUGCUGCACUACUUCUUUCUGGCCGCCUUCCUGUGGAUGUUUCUUGAAGGCUUCCAGCUUUACGUGAUGCUCAUCGAGGUAUUCGACUCGGAAAAGUCUCGUCUCGGCUGGUACUAUGCACUUGCAUAUGGCAUGCCUGCUGUCGUGGUGGCUGUGGCAGCCGCCAUUGACCCAGCAAGCUAUGGGACGCCACAACAUUGCUGGCUCCGUGCCGACAACUACUUCAUACUCAGCUUCAUCGGCCCUGUGGUUGCCAUUCUUUUGGCAAAUCUGGUGUUUCUCAGCAUUGCUGUGUACAUGAUGUGCCGUCAUUCCAGCCUAGCCAGCUCAAUCAAGAAUAAAGAGCAGUCCAGUAUGGCAAACCUCAGUGUUUGGAUUCGCAGUGCUGCAGUACUCGUGGUAUUGCUAGGUCUGACGUGGGGAUUUGGGCUGCUUUACCUCAAUGCUGAGUCUGUGGUAAUGGCAUACCUCUUCACAUUCCUGAACAGCUUACAGGGCCUUUUCAUCUUUGUGUUCCACUGCCUCAGGAAUGACAAGGUACGCAAGGAGUACAAGCAACUGGUGGACCACUGCUUGUGGCUGCCAUCAUGCCUGCGGAGCGAGAAAUGCGCAUCCUCAGAGCGGCCUUCAUUCACGCACUCCAAUGGCACGAGCCACUCAGCGCCGUCCUGUGGCAGACUACCUCACACUCUUGGAAGUCAGUUUUGGUGUCCGCCCAAGAAUCUGGACUCCAUUGUUACGCAAUCAUCCUCAGUCAGGUCGACCACACUAGAUCGCCCAUCCACAAGAAUGCCUGUCUGCCAGGCCCUCGACACGCGCACAACUCCUCGGGCACGCGAUGCCAUUUUGGUGCUUCCCCGGCAGAACGGCGGCGGUGAGGUGGGCUCCAUGGCGGACGACUGCGACGGCAACGAGCCGCAUCCGCCGCCGUAUGGCCACUACCGCGGCCCAGACGUGUACCUGGACCACAUUUACGAGACCAUCGACCAGGACGAGCCUCCUGCACCGAGCUUCAAUGUGCUCAGUCGGGGUCUCGACGAAGAGUGCCACUCGCGAAGCCGCUCGGAUGCCAGUAGCCACCAGUCAGGCUCGAGCCUGGGCUGCGACCGAAGGCCUCUUAUCCGGCAUGCAUUCCACCACCACCAGCAAACAGACCCCACCAUGGACCUCGCCUCUGCCGAUCCGGCGCUUGUAAUGGCGGUCUUUGAAGGCGACCGUGUUAAGUGCAGGCUGCAACCGGUUGACGGCAGGCCAACAAUACCCAUGGCCAAGCACCCCUGUCAACCAUCAGCACACCUCAGCACGGAUUGCUGACGUCUCGUGUAACGCAUGCGCAUUCAGCAAUAUUGGAGAGCUCAUCAGCAUUGCCUGCAGAGGAUAGCCAAGAAUCGUUCUGCUGAGGCUUGCGACUGGCAGUGCAGGACACCUUUUCGUCCCAGUGACAGCGCGUGUGUUUUUGUGUGUGCAUGUGUGUGUGAGUGUGUGUACACAUGAUAGCCUGUACAUAGCUGACACUUCUUUUUAUUUUAUUUUUUUUUAGAACACAAUUUACUGCACAAGCCGGCUGUGCUUUUUGUGUUGUGCCAGGUGUGAGAUGCACCAGACUGGCCAGUGUUUUUCCGCAAGAGGCAAAUGUGGCAUUUGUUUCACCGAAAGUGUUCUGUGGUUACAAAGCAACACUUUUGCUUUGUGGAUGCUCAACAGCCGCAAAUGCUGCCCUUCCAGUUUGCGCCAACGCAACUUUAAUGUGACACUUCCAUCAGUGACAGUUCCUAGGUUCUUUUCUCUCUUUCUAUUUUUAAUAUAUAUUCAACCGUGCAAGACAUUCAGGAAAAAAGGGACCCACUCCUUUCAUGUCUUGCUCACAAUGUGCCAGGCUAAUGGAAUAGCCACCAAUUUUUUUUUUUUUUUUAUGGUUUGCUUUUGUGUGUGUGCAAUCUUUCAUCAGUCACCACCGUCCUCAAAGCAAAGUUUGGGCUGUCAGAACAGGGAGGUUGUGUCCAGAACCACUGUUCAGUGCUUUUGUGAUUUACGCCUCAAUGUUACCCAUCGUUAGGUGUUGUUUGGAAAACGCCCUAGUCGUCUCAAUUGCAGCAUUAAAAAGUGAAAAGCACUGUGAUGGUUCUGCAUUCAAAUGGUUGUAUUAAAUGUGUUUAUCAGCCUUUCCCCACGCACUCCUGUGGAUGUUAAGGUUAUGUGCGUGUUUAUGUCACAACUGUGACAGCAGACUUAUGCAUGAACGUGUUCUCUAUAUUUUUGUUGGAACAGUGAUUUCAUGAAGUGCAUUUGUUUAAAAAAGGCCAUAAUUUAUUGUGUUACUAAUUAAAAAUUCAUGACAGAUA